AUGAAGGCCAAGAGUCACGGGACAAAUUUGUUAGCAGUUGUAAAAGAAUACCGUAAAAUGAUGUAUCGCAUUAAGCAUCGAUGUGGAAUCUUGGACCUAACAACACCACUGGUAUUUGACCAACUAGAAGACUGGCUUGACAAGAAAAAAUUUUAUGAAACCAUGUUUGCAAAGAGAGAGUUCUUGAAAGAGAUGGAUAGAAAUGAUAUACCUAGAUUUUUCAGGGAUUGUGGCCGUUUCCCAACCAAAGAUGAAAUGGACAAUGCUGUGAAACUGGUCUUGGGAGAUUGUGAUCCAAAAAUAAGAAGCAUCAAUAAAACUCAAGCGGUUGAAAUAGCAUUCAUGUUGUAUCCUCCUUGUGGUCUCAAAUUAAAAACUGCAGCUGUUGCCAAGUCAACAUGGCUGAAACCAAUCAUUGAUGGUGAAGAUGGUUACAGAUAUUUAGUGAGUGGACAUCCGGCACUGAAAGCAGCUGAUAUUCGGAGAGCUGGAGCUUUAGUAGCUGCAUCAAUUCGUGAGAGGAAGAGGAAAGAGUGUGAGGCUGAUAACUAUUUAGUUGACAGUGACUAA